UCAACCGUCGACCUCAUACUCUCACCUCAAGCUUUGCACUUCAACUCACCAGUUCACACUCACAGCAUAUCGCAAGAUGUCAGCCCUCGGAACCUCGUUCGUCCAGCAGAUCAGGGCCAACAAACCGCUCUACCGAUUCUUGAAGCCGAUCGCCACAUGGUAUGCGAAUCUUGCCGGGUACCGAAAGUUCGGCUUGAGAUAUGACGACUUGAUCAUGGAGGAGAACCAAACCAUGCAAAAGGCUAUCACUCGUCUCACCGAACGUGAACAAUACGAUCGAUCCUACCGACUUCGUGUGGCCUCUCAAUGCUCUGUGCUUCACAAGGAGCUCCCCAAGGAACAAUGGACCAAACCCGAAAACGAUGUCAGAUAUUUGACCCCGCUCGUUAAGGAAAUCGAACAAGAAAACCAAGAACGCUUGGCCUGGGAUACCGCUAAAGUCCCAUCCGGUAGUGGCCAUUAGAAAUCCAAUUCCACUUGAAUCCCUUUUACGCAUUGUGUUUUUUUUUCUGAAAUUCCUUUUCAUGUGUCAUAACCAACUUAUUUGACCGAGACGCAUCCCGAAUUUCGUCGGCAAACUUUAUCAGUCAGAUAAUCAACCCCCGCCGGACACUCUAGAUGGAUGGAUAUUAAGUUAGCAAUUUGUUCGAUGGAAGUGAUCCUUUAGCCUCGCGUGCACGUGGGAUCGGUCCAGGAUCUAGCGAACUCCAGUCGCGUUUACUACUGGUUUUCAAUUGAUGACAACUAACACCUCCUUAGUGGAAAUAGCUACACACAAGAAAGCUCUCCACCUGGUUUGAUCCAUUCAUGCAACUUGCAUUUAGUUGAGACACUUCGUUGCAAAGAGGUUCAUCCCCUACUGCAUGAGUUGAUAGACAGCCCAGAAUUCACACCUGUUACAUAGCUACCAGAGAUGCAUAUGGAAAACCGUCAAGGUACAUUACUACAAAACUAAGGCCAGAGUUAGACACAUGUAUGUGCAAUAUUAAGUCAUCAAAGAGUCAGCUUUUCUUUUGUGGAAAGUCGCAUGAAUGGUAUUGAUGGGAUCUUGGAGAAUUCCAAAGCAAGCAAGAAGAAUUACCACAACCAGAUUAGAUAAAUUGAUUAUGGAUCAUCACUUUGAGAGAAAAUAUCUAGGCUAAAAUAACUCAUAUGGAA